GACAAGAAGGAGAGAGAGAGAGAGAGAGAGAGAGAGAGAGAGAGAGAGAUGGCGAAAUACAGCUUAGUUGUGGUGUGUCUUGUAAUGGCAGCAGCUCUUUCAAAAGCAACGAUAGAACAAGACGAGCAGGACUGCGCAGACCAGCUACAGAACCUGGCGUCUUGCAUUCCAUACGUGAGCGGUAGCGCGAAGAAGCCAACGCAGCAAUGCUGCGACGACACCGUGAAAGUUCGAAGCAAGAAGCCCAAAUGCCUGUGUGUCCUCAUAAAGGAGAGCGCCGAUCCGUCCAUGGCCCUCCCUGUCAACACCACAUUAGCUUUACAGAUGCCCUCCGCCUGCAACAUCGACGCCAAAGUCUCCGACUGCCCCGCGAUUCUGAAGCUUCCACCAGACUCACCUGAUGCGAAGAUAUUCAAGGAUGCGAAUACAGAUUCAACUACAACAAGUGGGUCGUCAUCAUCGUCUUCGUCAACAUCACCUUCUUCAUCAACCUCACCUUCUUCUUCUUCUUCUUCUUCGAGUUCGGAUUCGAAGGCGAGUCCAAACAGCAAUGAGGGAGAGAAAAUGGAUAUUGUAGGGAGUGCAGCUUUCUCUCUUUUGGUGGCUACGAUAGCAUGGGUGUUGGUGUGAGUUACAUGGGACUUUUGCAUGCGAAUGGGAAGAACGAAGAAGCUGUAGAAGCUGUUAGUAGAUAUAAGUUCGGAUUCUCUAUUAAUAAAACUGACUUUGUUAAAGCCAUUUGAUGA